AUGUGCAACAAUUCUAACCCGAUGAGAUUAGUGAAUUCGGAUAAAGAAAAUCCGGAUAAUCUUGUUUUGUACCGGUAAGGUAUCGGAAAUGAUAGACCGUGGCAUGAUUAGCUCCUUAAUCGUAGUUCAGGUGAUACGGUUACCAGCUUUCACGACAAAAUGAUAAAGUGGUCUCAAUAAUAACAUAAUAAUAUGGCAGAUUGUGAACUUAUUAGACAGUGUCAUCGGACUCAAAAAAUGUACUUGUGUUGAUAUUUUUAAAAUGCUCCCAGUGUGUUCAUGAUAAAUUUAUAAUCGGAGUUUAAAAAUAAAAGAGCACAAUGAUUAACGAGGAUACAAAGAGACCUUUGUUUUCCCGCAAGACAACCCGUGUUGCUGUGGAGUCGCCCAUGAAAGCACCUCACAAGACCGCUGGUGCCCAUCAUCUUGGACUAACCGUUCCGGCAAGAGUGACUGGUUCCCGUCUCAGCAGGGUCAGUCAUAAGCAUUUUGAUCCAGAGGAUGAUUACAUCUUCGAUAGUACUGACGAUGAGGAAGAAACUGCUAAACCGAAAGACGACCAUGUUAAUCAGUUGAACAGAGGUGCUGUUGUGUACAAGAAACUGUGUAAAAAGUAUGGGAAAAUACCUGUAAAGAACGUGACUAAACAAUUUGGCGAGGGAAGUAUUUCCUUGAAGGGUUUCAACCUCAGUAAGAAGGAAAUUAAGGCUUUAUUCGUUGCGUUACUGGAGUUUUACGUGAACAGGGAGGGAGGAGAACCGAAUGGCCAUGAGACCGACGAGCUUGAGAAACUAGACCUUGGUGGUAACAAACUAUGUCGGAGACAGAUGACCUACCUCACUGACUUUGCUGCCCUUCAUAGAUCACUAGUCAAACUCUCUCUAGUGGGAUGUAACUUGUGUUGCCGCAGUCUGCAGGAUCUGGCCAACUUUUUAAGCAAGAACAGGACCAUUAGACAAAUCGACCUCAGUGAUAAUAAUUUUACCGACAAUGGUGGGCAAAGUAUAAGCCAGAUAAUAGAGAAUAGUGAGACUAUACUUGAGCUAGCACUUAGAGGGAACAAAUUAGCCGAAUGUGGUAAAGAAAUAGGCGAGGCUCUUAGGUCAAAUGACACCCUUCGUGCUUUAGACCUCUCAUGGAAUCAUAUACGGGGCAAUGGUGCAAUAGGUCUAUGUAAGGGAGUGCAGGCCAACAAAGGGUUAGAGACUUUGUUACUAUCAUGGAAUGGAUUUGGGUUUGAAGGAUGUACGGCUAUGGGGUAUGCACUUAAAGAGAACACAACAUUACAAGCCCUAGAUCUAGCCAACAACAGAAUACACCCACCAGCAUUGUUUGAACUCAUCAAAGGUUUGGAACAGAAUAAAGCCCUUGCUGUAUUGAAGUUAUGUCAUAACCCUAUCACAGCAAGCAUGACAAGUGUAUUAUUGACAAAAUUAUAUCAAGCAAAGGAAAGCAACAUUAAAGAGCUCGACCUUACGGGUUUGGUUGUGGAUAAAGAGUUUGAGAAGAUAUUAAAGGAAGUACAAGCGUCUCGUUUCAUGGUGGUCACUUAUGACCACUCAUUACCAUUAAACAAGGGCGAAAUCAAAAACACAGACCCCAAAAACGUAUUCAACAUUGACCCGAUCAGGAUUUUGUUCUACAUGAAGGAACAUUUGAGAACGCUUGACCUCUUCUUGAAGGUGGACAGAGACGGUAGCAAUUCUCUAUCGAGAGACGAGAUGAAGUUUGCAUUCGAGAGAGAGGGAUUUCCUAUAAGUGAGCGUGCUCUAGAUUCUGUGAUGAAUUAUCUGGAUGUUAAUAAAGAUGGCGAGGUUGACUUCUUACUUUUAUGUGGUAAACUAAACACUGAAAUGAGCACGUUAGAAGAACGUAUCACUAAUGAGCACCACAGGGAAUUUAUAAACGGAGAGCGUAGAUUAAAACGAGAUCUGAUAAAAGAACAUGAAGAUGAAAUAAUUGCCGAAAAAGAGCAAGACCAGAAAUACUCCCAGGUGUUCACUACCAAGAAAAACAAGACCCCUAGAAAAUUACCUCCAUUAAACGGUCCGAAAAUGGGAUAAAAACGAUAUGAAAAAAGAGGAAUGUAUAACCAUCAUUUGUUGUACAUGUACGAGUGACGUUAUAAUGUUAAGAAAGAGUGCUAAAAUGUGAAAUACAGUAUAUUUAUUUUGGAUAUACACUAUACAUCUAUUAAGACAUUUGUCUCAAAAACAAAUAGAUGAACUGUCGUUGUGUGGGAAUGAACAUUUGUUAUUCAUUCAUUAUGAACGUCAUUAUCAUUAUUAUCAUAAUCAACAUCAACAACAACAUCAUUGUCGUCAUUAUUAUCGUCAUAUACCAUUUUGAUCUUAGUCAUACACAUGCAUAAAUAAAUUUACAGUAUAAUUGGUUUGAAUAAAUCACAAAUUAUAUAUAAACUUUUUAUAAGAAAUUUGAUUAUGUGAAGUAUCAUAAAAAUUAAAAAUAAUGAAAAUGAUAUAUUAUUUGUGGUGUUAAACUUGCAAUUGGAACGUGUAGAUUUGUAAUGAUAGUAAAAGGUGGCUACAUAAAGAAAGAUUCUCGAACCGAUUGUUAUCUUUUUAAAUGAGGAAAAUAUUGCAUAAAUAUAUACACUUUAUUUAACAAACAAAAUUAAAAAAUUAA